CGCCUCUGCCACCACCACCACCACAACGUCCUCUCUCCACUCGCUCGCACGUACGCACGCGUACAAUCUCUGACGGUGAUCGGACGCCGCGCCCGCACGGCCGCUCUCGCCUCCACCACCUCCUCCAUCGACGAGACGCCGGCCACCUGCCGCUCGUCCUCGCUCCGUACCGGGCCAUGCUCCUUCACCGAAAUCGCCCUCUUCGGCAAAGAGACGAGCCGGUGCUGGUGGUGGUGGUCCCGGUGCAGUCGAAUGGUCCACGGUGAUUAAUGUUACCUUUUCCAGUAACAGGGGACCUGUUGUGGGAUGGUUGGAUCGUUUAUAAAAAACAAUUAGCAUAAACAAUUGAUGUUAAAUAAUAUUUAACUUGCGUUCGAAUUAAACUGCGAUCAGUUUUAAGAAAAGGCAUCAGCAUCUGCGCGUGGCAGUGGCAAUGGUAGUUCCUGGAAGAGAGAGAUAGGGGAGGAGGAGGAGGAGGAAGUUGACAAAGAGAGUUAAAAAGGCGAGAGAGGGAGGCUUCUCCUUUGCAUUAACUUACCAUGGAUUCCUUCGGCUUCCUAAAAUACUUACGCAGCAGCGGAAGCACCGGCGAGGCCGGCUCUGCUGUCGCUGCCGGAGCCGGAUCCACCAUCGCCGCCUCCGUCCUCUGUUCCUCGGAUGAUAACGAGGAGGAGGACGAUGGCGGGGACGACGACGGGCCUUUCUUCGACCUCGAGUUCGCUGCCGUUUCGGACGGCGAUGAAGAGGAGGGGGAGGAGAGGAGUGCCGAGGAGGUGAAUGGCGCGGGGGAGGAGAUUGAAAGGGAGUUUAACUUCGCUGUCAGCUCUAGUGGAGGCGGCGAUGAGGUAGGCUUUGACACUUUGUCCCCCUCCCAUGACUUGCUUUUUAAGGGAAAGCUCGUGCCUUUCGACCCUUCCUCCGUCGUCAUCGCUGGCGGCGAUGUUUCCGAGGCCGAUCCCAAGCCCCAGUUUCCAGCGUAUUUCCUCCGGACCGCCACCAAGUUCCGAGUCUUCUUGCUCGGACUCCGCAAGCCGAAGCUCUCUCCGGCGGAGGCCGAGCCUACGUCCGAAGCUACUGCCCCGAUGGCGACGGCGGCUCCUAAAAAAGAGCAACAGCAGCAAAAUAAGUUUUUUAUCAAGUUCAAGGUGGUCGAUGCCCCCUUAGUCUCUUUCUUCUCAAGGGACGGUGGUUCCCGGAGCUACGGCGGAGGCCUCCGAGCAGCAAAGACCCCGACGGAGGAGUCAGCUCACAUCGCCGGCUCACCCACCACGGAGGCAGAGAAGAAGCUGGUUCGAGAAAUGCUACAGAAAUAUAUCAACAAAAUUAAGCCGCUCUACGUUCGCGUCUCGAGGAAGUACGCAGAGAGACUGAGGCUCACAGGCCAUCUACCUCCUGCUGACACGGUGGCGGCGGAGCCGGUCGCUCUUGUAGCCGAGGAGACGGAAUCCGAAGUUACACCACCACCUCCACCAUCACCAGCGGAGGAAGUAGCUCCGCCACCGACUCCGGCCGAAGCAACGCCGGCGCCUCCACCGCAGCCUGUACCAGCUGUGGUCGCAGGCGGCGGCAAAAUUCUAGCAGCAGGGCUAAGAGUCGUCUACAAGCGGCUUGGGAAAAGCAGGUCCGCGUCGGCCGCCGUGGCGGCCGUCCCUUCGCCUCCGCCGCCGCCGCCGCCUCCUCGUCGGCGCGAUGACUCGCUCCUCCAGCAGCAGGACGGGAUUCAGAGCGCCAUCGCGCACUGUAAGCGCUCGUUCACUGUCGCCGACCAAAGUUCCGAGUCGCCGCUUGCGCGAUCGAUGAGCGAUCCCGGCGAAGGCAGAGCCGACCGGAAUGACGCAUCAUCCUGAGCCCUCGAUGCUCCUUUUUUAGUUCAUCAUCCAUCUCACAAUCUGUCCGUGUGCUAUUAGUCUCCAUGUAGGAGAAGAGAGAGACUCCAUCUCUUCAUCCCUCUGUUGAUUGUAAUAUGUUAAUUCUUCCCAUGAAUCACAAACUUUGUGUUA